AUGCUCAAACCUCCGCCCCUCGUGCACCCACCUGCACUGCACCCCUCCAAGCAGAGAACGUUCAAGUCUCUCGUGGCAAAGAUAGACAUCCUCGGCUCCACAGACAACGCGGACCAGGGCUACCUCAACCGCUUCUGGCCGGGCUUUGCCAACAUGUCCUCCUCGCACCGCCUGCCCUACCGCUUCAACGCCAUGCUCAUCUACCCCCGCAACUACCCCCUCCGCCCUGGUACGACGUCGACCGAGCACAUGAAAUCAUGGGACCGGUUAUGGUGGCGCAUUUGGGCGGGCCCUGGGGUAAGCCGGCUGCCGUACGCGGUGUGGCUGAGGAUCUGGUAUAAUGUGUCCCGCGCGCUGUAUGAUAACUGCUGGUUCCCGCUGGAUGCGGGGGGCGGGGGUGUGAGCGGGGGGGAGGGGGGGAGCGGCGGGGGUGGAGGCGAGGGCGGGGGGGAGCGGGGGGAGGACCGGGGGGAGCAGCGGGGGGAGGAGCAAGGGGAAGGCCCGGGGCGGGAGGAGAGAGUGUUGCUGAGGAGCAGCAGCAGCAGUGGCAGCAGCAGUGGGUUCUCGCUCACUGCAGGGCUGCCGAACGCAGCGGAUUACGAAGCAGAGGAGCCGGGGAAGAAGCCGCGUGCUGCUGAGUGGGUGAGACCAAGCAUGACGGAGAGCGCCGUGGAAGGUCCAGGGGAGACAGCCACAGAGACAGGGGGCACGAGCGGCAGCGGCAGCGGAAGCGGCAGCAGCGGCAGGGGGAAUCGAAUGGUGGUGGCGACAGUGGUGUCUGCACGCAACCACCAUGCGGCUGUCCCCUGGGCGAUGUCCUACAACAAGCACCACCCGCCCAGCCCUUCCCGCGUCCCCUCCCUCCUGCUCGUGCUCCCGUCAGUCCCCUCCUCCCACCGCAAACUCCUCGAGCCUCUGUUCGACCACGUGCGGGUGGUCCCCCCGGUGGGCCGCGCAGGGCGAGACGACAAGGAGGAGGGCCAGGAGGAGGGCCAGGAGAAGGGGGAGGAUAAGGGACAGGAGGAGGAGGAGGAGGGGGAGAUGUCAGUGCUGCAGGUGUGGAACCAGACGGAUUUCGACCGGGUGCUCUAUGUGGACGUGCUAUCUCUCUUCGCCACCAACAUUCAGCUUGUCUUCUCCGAUUUCCAGCCCUUCGCCGCCCCCCCGCUGCGCUUCCCUCCUGACAUGUUCUCCACGAGAGUCAUGCUGCUGCGCCCGAACCAAGAGGUGCUGUCUCGGAUGCUGCAGGUGCGGCAAGACCGGGCGAGCAUCGGGAGCGGGGGGAGCGGGGGGAGCAGGGGGAAUGGGAGCGGGGGGAAUGGGAGCAGCACGGAGUAUCUAGACCUGUUCCUGAAUGCAUACUAUGGCACGUGGUUCUAUGAAUCCCCGCAACACCGCAUGCCUUACGCGUACGCGGUCAACCUGCGGUACAAUCAGAGGCUGAGGCAGUACCACCCUCACCCGCGCAUCGUCACAUUUGACGGGGACUCGCCACUGCAUAUGGAUGUGCGCGUGUGGGCGGACCCAACAGGGGGCUCUAGUGUUAACUAUGGCCGCGUGUGGCAUGGGUACUGGAAGGAGGGGUUGGUGCGGUGGCCGCGGCUGCGGUCGUUGCAGGUGAAAAGAGGUGGGAAGAGAUGA